CCUCGCAGAAUUGAGGAGCCGAUGGUACCUACAAAUGUAUUAGUAGUUGGAAACGGGGAAGAACAAGUGACUAGUGGUGUUUCGCAAGCCUCGUUUCCAAGUGCCGACUCACCCGCGGACACGUGGUGGCCAACAAACGAACGCAUAAAUACGUGUUGAUCCUUGCAUUGCCUACGAGACCUUGAGCAGCACCUCCGCAGUAAAACAAGGAAGCCUAUCAAAGAUUUUGACGUAGUGAUUACUGAGGCGACUGUCAAAUCCACGAGUAUCUGGUGGUCUCAACGCUUUGGAACAGAAGAUAGAGCAUUGAGUAUUGGGAAACAUAUUAUCUAUUCUCGUAUCAAGUGCCGCUGAAAACUGCACAUCAUCGAUAUAGUUUUCGAAGCAAUCACCAUAUCUUCUGGCAGUUGUAGGUGUUAUGGGCCUGGCUUUAUCUCGCCUUCGAUUGUUGUUUUUUGGAACCAAGCCAUGUCGAAUUCUUAUGGUUGGACUUGACAAUGCCGGCAAGACCACUAUACUAUACAAGCUAAAACUGGGUGAAGUUGUUACGACCAUACCCACUAUCGGAUUCAAUGUUGAGACCGUAACAUAUCGCAACUUGUCUUUCACCGUAUGGGAUGUUGGUGGUCAGGAGAAGAUUCGUGUACUUUGGAAGUAUUACUUCAGUAACACCGAGGCAGUGAUAUUUGUAGUUGAUAGUGCCGACAGAGAUCGGAUCGAUGAAGCUCGCAGUGAGAUUCGCGCUCUUUUUGACGAUCCAGAGUUGAGAGAUGCGAAGUUCUUGAUCCUUGCUAACAAGCAAGAUCUCCCCGAUGCGAUGACAAGUCCUGAAAUAAUCAAAGGUUUGCAACUUCACGAAGUUCGAGGUGUACAGUGGUAUGUGCAGCCUUCUAACGCUGUCACCGGUGAUGGACUUGUCGAAGGCUUGGAAUGGCUUCAUUCAGUGGUUUUGAAGGUAUAAAGGGGUUGAACGUUUCCAUACUUGGUAAAUGAUCUCUUACAAGCGAUGUUUUGUUUUAAUGGUUGUUUCAUUAUUGUAAUUUUUGUGGUGUAAAUAUGCAUGCAGAUAUCUACAUUUACCCUCAGAUUUUGCUUUGGAUUUGUUUGGUUAAAAAAGCUGUGAACGCAGUAAAUCGAUUCGUACU